UAAUUUCACACUUUCAUUCCACUCAUUACAGUCAGUCACGGUCACGGUCACGGUCACAGUCACAGGCUCGCAGAGAGAGAGAGAGAGCAAAGAAAGGGUGGAUGUGGAGGGUGUUCUUCUUCUUCUCUCUGCAGAAAAGAACAAGUCUCGUCCUGCUUUUGCAAGCAAACCUCUGAUUUAUUACCAAAUCGGAACCAGACACAGUCAGACUUUCUCUCGCUUUUGAAAGCAAAGCAAAGCGCAGAAGAAAAAUAGCACAAAAUGAGUGAAGACGCCAAGAGAAGCGUCCCUGGAGCUCUGUCGUCGAAGCCUAAUUCCGACGACCGUAAACCCUCGCCGGCGGUCACCACAGCCACCGGCAAGCGUGUCAUCAUCAAGAGCGCCGACAUGUUCCAGGAUAUGCAGAAGGAGGCUGUCGACAUCGCCAUCGGCGCAUUUGAGAAGCACAGCGUAGAGAAGGACGUUGCGGAGUAUAUUAAGAAGGAGUUCGAUAAGAGGCAUGGACCCACUUGGCAUUGCAUCGUCGGUCGUAAUUUUGGUUCAUAUGUGACUCAUGAAACAAACCACUUUGUUUACUUCUACUUGGAUCAGAAAGCAGUUUUGCUAUUUAAAUCCGGUUGAACACGGUUGUGAUGUUGGCAAAGAUGGAGAUGAAAAGAAUGACGAGCCUGAAAUUGUGAUGCCAUAAGUUGCACCUGUAUGUAUUAGUUGAAAUCUGCUAGCUUGCAAACCGCUUGCUUAACAUUUUCUUGUGCUUAACUUGUAUAUCUAAUAUCACUUCUACGGGCUGUGAACCUUGGGUAUGAAUUUCAGUCUUUCAAAUGAAUUGUUUCUCUAAA